AUGGCUGAAGAGUCAAGAAGAGUAACCCUGGAGGAUUAUUCAAAUGCAAUCAGGUUGAGUCUAUUCUCAUUUUCUUUAGCUGGAGAAGCUAAGAGAUGGCUUCAUUCUUUCAAAGGAAACAGUCUAAAGUCAUGGGAUGAAGUAGUGGAAAAGUUCUUGAAGAAGUACUUCCCUGAAUCGAAGAUUGCAGAAGAUGGGUUGAGACCACAAUCUAAGCAGCUCUUGGAUGCUUCAGCUGGGGGUAAGAUCAAAAUGAAGACCCCUGAGGAAGCAAUGGACUUAAUUAAAAGCAUGGCUGCUAGUGACAUUGCCAUUCUGAGAGACCGAGCCCACAUUCCUACUAAGAAGAGCUUAUUGGAGCUAACCUCACAGGAUGCUCUGUUGGCACAAAACAAGUUGCUAUCCAAGCAACUAGAGGUCCCAGAAUGUACAAUUUGUGGUGGAGCUCAUGAAUCUGGAUGUUGUAUUCCUAAUGAAGAGCAAAUUGCACAUAAGGCUAAUUAUAUGGGGAAUCAGCCCAGAGGCAAUUUCAAUACAAGUGGAUUUCCAGGAUUUCAGAACAACCAGCAGUAUCAACAGUAG